AUGGCAGAGCUGCAGCAGCUGCUGCAGCCCGUGGCGGACGAGAUGGUGGCCGCAGGGCAGCUAGCGGACAACCGGCGGUCGGCGGCGUUCCAGCAGCUCAAGGUGGUGGCUGAAAGCCUCAAUGGCCUUUCGUGGCUCGCCUACACCGGGCCGGCCUGCGGCAUGCCGCUCCCCGCGCAGCACAUCAGCGACAGUUGGAACUCUGCAGAGUUUUAUGCCAACAAGCUGAUGAUGGCGCUCAAGGGCAAGGACGAGGCGCAGAUUGCGUGGCUCAAGGCCAUCAAGGGUGGGGGCGUCACCGCCGGCCUGCGCAAGGUGACUGAUGACAUGAAGGCCAAGAACCGCACCGACAAAUCAGGACACGUGCCCUCGUCCGGCGGCGGGGCGGCAGCAGCACCGGCGCCGGCCAAGGCCAAGGCGGGGCCGCCGAUGGGAAACCCCAAAAUUGAGCUGGAGGGUGACCGCAAGUGGGUGGUGGAGCACCACAGCGGCAACAGGGAGAUUGUGGUGGACCGCACCGACCCAAGGCACACGGUCUACAUCUACAACUGCCACAACUGCGUGGUGCAGAUCAAGGGGAAGGUCAACGCGGUCAGCAUCGACGGCUGCAAGCGCACCGGCGUCGUGUUUGAGCAGGUCAUUGCCACCUGCGAGCUCGUCAACUGCGGCUCCAUGCAGGUGCAGUGCCUCGGCCACGUGCCCACCGUGAGCAUCGACAAGUGCGACGGCUGCCAGGUGUUCAUCAACCAGGACGUGGCGCAGGGCGACUUCCAGCUCGUGACGGCAAAGUCCAGCGAGGUCAACCUGACAGUGGUGCCGGCUGACCCCGAAUCUGACGCGGACGCCGUGGAGCACCCCGUGCCCGAGCAGUUCAUCAGCAGCUUCAAGGCCGGCCGCCUCGUCACCGUCGCCGCCAGCCACAGCGGCGGGUGA